GGUUUCCAGAAAUUCCGAUUGCAACAAAUUUGAUAAUAUUUUGCUUGGUGUCUAUUGUUUGAUUAAAGGUGAAGCCUGAUAAGAAAAGGAAAGCUGCUGCCUCAUCACAAAAUUCAGGAAUGGAUAAUGUUUUCCUAAGAAGGAGCGAGAGGGUGCCUAAACGAUCUAGAGACACAAAAACUCCAUUCAAGUCUGACAGAAAUCCGGCUUUAACUGUAAUACCUGAGAUUAUACCUGCAGUUGAUCCGUUUUCAACUCCUGCGGAACAUAAGCUUUCAAGGCUUCAAAAUUGGAUGACAUUAAAGCCCGGCAUGCAUGAAACGUCCCUAUCAAUCAAUGAUAAUAAGAUAAGGAAAUCUUUCUUUCAAAGCAUGGAAACUUCAAAAAAGGACCUUAAGAAAGAGCACAUUGAUGGAGCCUUUGCAAUGCUAAAUUGCAGAAGAAAUGAGAAUGCUGCUUGGUUCCACAACUACAAGAUUCCAAAGGCGUGCUUCCUACCUAUGGAGUUCUUGCAUUGCUUGCUCUCUCAUGAUUUGGCUUACAAGAAAGAAAAGGUCAAAGGUAAAAAGAUUUUCAACGAUUUAUUUAAAGAUAUUGUAAGAGGGAAGGUAUAUCCAGAGAAGACAUGGGGAGAAGAUGUUGAUGUUGUGUAUGGGAUUACUCUUGGAAAAAAAAAGCAAUGUCUGGAUUGGGAUGGAAAUUCAUUUGAAGAAGAAAAGAAUCACAGUAUAUGAUUGUUUUCAAAAGGAAAGCAACAUCAUUGAUAUUCCUCAAGUGAAAAAGUUGGCAGGUAUGUAUAAACAAUUUGUAUUUGAUGUAUUCAACUGUUUCUUGGUUUGAAAUAUUCAACUGAUUCUAUCUUGAUAUUGAUUUUUAAAUAUGACAGUGUUGAUUUCUGAUCUGCUGGUGGAAUCUUCUGGUGAUGAGGUAGAUAAAGUGAAGAUGAUUCCAUUUGAGGUUGAGCAGGCACAAGGUUUACACAGGACAAAACAUCCUUUCAACUGUGGGAUAUUUCUUGUCAAGAUUCUGGAGUGCCAGUCAUUGAAGAUAGGAGACAUGACAAUGCAUUGGAGCUAAGGAGAACCUUGUCUUGUGAGAUCUUCAACCAAUUUGUGGAUGAGAGCUUUGGGAAAUGAGAAUGAUGCAUCAAAACAUUUUUUGUUUUAGUUAAGACUCGGUUUUAGUUAUGACUGUUUAUUUUGUUAUGCUGUUGGCGUCUGGUUACAUAAGAAAGAUUGGAAGGAUAUCAAGUAUUUUUUUUGGGUA